CCGGCAGCAACACCACCGACAAUUUCUGCAGGCGAAUCAGGCAACGAAUGGUCGGACUGUUCCAACAAACUCUAUCACCCAUUCUGAGAUUGCCGAAUAUCUUGUCAUCGGUGCAGCGAACGAGUUGGAAGGAGAUAUCUGCCCACAUGUAUGGUACCGGCCACAGUGGCAUCAAUCAAUUGGGUGGUGUGUAUGUCAACGGCAGACCUUUGCCGGAUUCGACUCGCCAAAAAAUCGUCGAAUUAGCUCACAGUGGUGCCAGGCCUUGCGACAUUUCACGUAUCCUUCAAGUGUCCAACGGGUGUGUUUCCAAGAUCCUCGGGAGAUAUUACGAAACAGGUUCCAUCAGACCACGGGCCAUUGGAGGAAGCAAACCACGCGUGGCCACACCCGAUGUGGUCACCAAAAUAGCCCAAUUCAAAAGAGAAUGCCCUUCGAUCUUUGCUUGGGAGAUACGAGAUCGGUUGCUGUCUGAAGGAGUAUGCACAAAUGAUAAUGUACCCAGCGUUUCGUCCAUUAAUAGGGUCUUACGAAAUUUGGCAGCACAAAAAGAACAACAAGUUCAAGUUCAAGCACCAGACGCUGUUUACGAUAAAUUACGGAUGCUCAAUGGACAAGGAUGGCCACGACAUAAUCCAUGGUAUCCUGGAGGUGCUACGUUUGGUGGAAUAACCCCGGGUUAUGUUCCACCAGUCAGUAGUACAGCUCUACAAACGGAACAUCAAACGUUACCAAAGAAAGUAGACAGUGGGGUAGAUACUGACGUAUCUACUCCGAGUGAUCAAAGUGCCAACGGUGAAGACGAUACCAAUGCUCGAAUACGCUUGAAAAGAAAAUUGCAAAGAAAUCGAACUUCCUUUACGCCCGAACAAAUAGAAGCCUUAGAAAAAGAAUUUGAGAGAACACAUUAUCCAGACGUAUUUGCAAGGGAGAGGUUGGCAUCUAAAAUCGAUUUGCCUGAAGCCAGGAUACAGGUUUGGUUUUCGAAUCGUCGAGCGAAGUGGAGGAGGGAAGAAAAGUUAAGAAAUCAAAGAAGAGCUGCGGAACAGGCGGCUGUUUCAGUUACAAGUCCAACACCAGCACGUCUUUCUAUUAAUUCUGGUUUCCCUAACGCACUAUAUCCUACUAUAGGCCAACCCAUGGCCAGUAUGGCCGAGACAUACAGCUCCCUGCCUACAAUGCCCAGUUACAGUAUGGCAAACAAUAUGGCGACAAGCUCGUGUCUUCAGCAGCAGACUUCUUCCUAUUCUUGCAUGUUACCACCGGGUGGAACAAGAGCAUACGAUCCUCUAUCCCUGGGUAACUAUUCUCGCUCAACUUGUCCAACGGCACAACCUCACAUGAUGCAGUCGGUCAACGGACAGUUCACAACAGUCAACAAUGGAAGCGCCGCAUCAACUGGCCUUAUAUCACCUGGUGUUUCCGUGCCAGUUCAAGUACCGGGACAAGCGAACGAUCUCAAUAUGGCGUCGAAUUACUGGCCCAGGUUACAGUGACAACUAGUAGCUUAAGCAUCUUAUUGCCGAGUGACUUCAACGAUGACUGAUCGGUCACUUUCUCCUGGGAUGGGUAGGCGUGUCCAGACUCGACACCCCAAGGUUUAUCGCCGGUCUUUCUAAAUUUGCUGACUGUCCUCUAUUUUGACAGAUGAGAUUGUCGUCCACAUCGCACAUAAACUCUUUGGACAAGAUAAACUACAUCUUCAAAUUCUUGUCUAAAUGAGCUUUAAUCAUUUACUUUCAAACAAUAAUUUAACAAUAUUUAAAUUGGUAUAUCGUUUCCACAGGUUUUAAAUUUCCCAUUCAUUAAGUCAUCAUUUCCAGUUCCGGUUCUGAUUCUUUGUUUAUAAAAUAAGAGAGAUAUUAUAUAUAAAUAUAUAUAUAAAUAAGGAAAUUUGAUGUUAUAAUUUAAAAUCUAUUGUAGAAAAGAAUUUUGAUAUGUCUUGUAAAUAUGUUGGAAAAAAUAUCAAAUAAUUAUUCUCAUCCUUCACAGAAAUAUAAUUCGAGAUGUACAGAUUUUCAAUGUUGGAAAAUACAAAAAAAGUAAUAAUUAUCCUAAAAAUUAAUUAAAAUUUACAUAUAUUAUUCAUUAUUCUUCCUUUAAGAAAGAAUAAUUAAACAUUUUACCUAUUCGUUCCUCCUUUUUUUGUAGAGAAUAUUCAAAAAUAUUCCAUCGAGCCACAACCAUUCAUUUUAAAGGUGAUAAAAUAAGGAGGAGGGAAUAUUUUUCUGUUCUGGCCAAUAAAUCGAAAUGUUAAGUGGUAAAAUAAAGUAAGAUACGAGAGAAAAAAUAUAAGAAUAUUUUUCUGCAAGCUGAAAAAAAUUAAAAUAAAAUAAAAUGUAUGGAAAAUUGUGCAUCGCGAAAAUUCACAUCGGGGUAAUAUGUCAUGGCAGAGUAGAGUCUUUUAAAUCUUGUGUGUACAUUCCUCAUCCUUCAAACUGUGUAUUAUAAAAGAAAUUAUCUCAAGCUGAAAAAAAUAACUUACUGUAUAAAGGCUAAGAGCCAUUUUUAACUAUUCGUAUCUUCAUUGAUGUGUUAAAAAUAAAGGUCCAUGAUCAUUUCUGAAUACUUGUCAUAAAUAAAAAAAUAAAAAUAAUAAUUAUAUAAA